CAAAAACUAUACUUAUCAUUACAAUCUCUCGUUUGACUCUAAAUCUUCAAGCCCUAUUUCACAUUCCAGCAAUUCAAAGACCUAAAAACUUACAAGAAAAGGAAUUUGUUAUUUCAUAUUCAAAAAAAAAGAAAAAAUUAAGCUAG